AUGUUGUUUUUAUCAAAAAAUGAUCCAUCAUUUCUCUAUAUUUUUUUCACUCAAGUUUGCAUUCUUCCUCCCAUCAGUCUCUCUCUCUCUCCCUCCCUCCCCCGCCAUUUCCAUUUUUCCACCAGCAGUGCCAACCAAAAGAUUCUCAAUUUGAGCCAUUCCCCAAAUAAUAUUCUCUCUCUCUCCCUUUUUUGUUUCCCUACUCUCUUUUCUCUCUUACCUCUUCCUUCAAUUAUCUUUCCUAUCUCUCUUUCUCUCUCUGCACUUUCUGCUCUAUCUAUUUCCCUCUCUAUUUAUCUUCUUUGUAAUUAUCUUUGUCUCUUUCCUUCUCGCGCUAUCUAUUUCUUCCUUCUUCCCCACCCCCCUCUCUCAAAUUUAUAUUUAAUAUUAUUUACUAUUUAUUAUAUAUCUAUCUAUCUAUCUAUCUAUCUAUCUAUCUAUCUAUCUAUCUCACUCCUUCUCUCUCUAUAA